AACCAGGGCAACCUCAACGACAACGCUCCUCAGUGCGUCUUUCGCCAUGCAUCACGUCUAUGUCUACGGACCACGGACGGCACCGCCGCCGUCGGCCACGUGCUUUAACGUCACGUCCAAGUCCAAGGUGCCCUGGACGCAGGCGUUCUCGCCCUUUUUCUCGGUCCUGUCGACGUCACGCCGUUUCCAGACACGACGCUGCUAUACCAAGCUCUAUGCCUGUCAUGGCGACGACGUCGACGCGUACUGGGCGUGGGCUACCAACGGGUUUGCCAACCCCCGCGCGGUGCGGUUUCCCAUGGGGCGUGGCGCCAAGCCGCUCUUCUCGUACUGGCACGGCGAGCCGCUCGGGUACAUCGAGGCGCGCGUCCGUAUUUACGCACCACUGUACGCCGACGCGGUCGAGACGUACGCCGCGACAGAGCUUGCGACGCUGCGCGAGGCACUGCGUCACGGCGACAUAGCUCUCUUCGACUAUGACGGGUACCGCCACGACACCGCUGGUCUCUCGCUCGAGGACGUCUUGUACAGCCCGAAGCGAAAGAUGGGUCAUGCGUUUGUGCUGGCCAUGAUGCUCACAGAGCAGCGCGUAUGGGAGAGCGAGCAUUUUGACUCUAAAAAGGUCCGCGAGUAGGCGUUGGAUGACAACUUUGUCAUGAUUGUCGACAACUAUAUACACCAUUUAUUUCUGUGUGCUUAUUAAAUUGAGAUGAUCUUCA